UCCUGGAUUUGAAUGGUUUGUUUACAACUUCGGAAUCGGUUCCCGCUUGUCUUGUCAACAGCAGCUAAUCUUUCAAAAACAAUCGUCCCAAAAGCGUUUUCUAUGAAGCGGGGUGACAAUGAUUAAGACCGAGAAGGUGUUGCAUUUGAAGAGUUCCCGAGGACGGAAGGUCCGUGUGGUCCGGGAACAUUAUUUGAGAGAACAUGUUCCCUGCUACAGCUCUCUCUGUCAGGCACAAUGCGCCAACGCAGAGGGCAAGGUGCUGUCUGGAGAGGUGACUCACUAUGUGAUGCCUGAUGCAGGCGUGGCGAGGGACUUUAUGGAGAUUCUGGAGUUUAGAGAGAUCCAGGGGAUAGUGUUCACUCAGACUGCCUGCCAGGCUGUCCAACACAGCAGAGGACGCAGGCAGUACAACCGGCUACGCAGCUUGCUGAAGGACCCCCGUCAUCACUGUAUCCUGUUUGCCAACGAGUUCCAGGAGUAUUCCUACUGCCCCAGAGAAAAGGGAGAGCCGCAGGACAAAUGGCAGACCAGGUGUGUGUAUCAUGCUGCGGUGUGGUACCAUGACCACCUGGCAGGUCUGAAGCCAGUAGUGAUGAUCACUGAAGACCAGAACGCUGUGGCAGAGUACAGCAGCCUCAACUGUGGUGUCUACGUCCUCUGUACACAGGAGUACCUGCAGACGUUCUGGCCGGAGCUGCAGGCUGCCCUGGAGCUGUACUGCUCCAUCGCUCAGUCCCUGCAGGAGAAAGGGAGCGAGGGGACGGAGAGAGAGUACACUGAACACCUGCCUGCCGAGGUCCUGGAGGCUGGCAUUAAGUCUGGCCGAUACAUACAGGGCACUCUGAAUGUGAACAAGCACCGUGCCCAGCAUGAAGCCUUCGUCCGCUUUGAGGGCUCUUCUAACAAGAGCUCAGAGCUGAACAGUGAUGUGCUGGUGUGUGGGGGGAAGAAUCGUAACCGGGCGGUGCAUGGCGAUAUGGUUGCCGUGGAGCUGUUGCCGAAGGGGGAGUGGAGGGGGAGAACCACAGCACUGACGGAGGGACAGGGGGAGGAGAAGGGAGACGAGACACAGAGCCAACCCAUGGCCACAGGUCGUGUGGUAGGGAUCCUUCAGAGGAACUGGAGGGACUAUGUCGUGACCUUUCCCCCUAAGGAGGAGACCCAAUCACAGAGCAGGAACUCCCAGCGUAUCCUGGCCACGCCCUGGGACCAACGCAUCCCCAAGAUCCGAAUCAGCACCCAACAGGCUGACAAACUACAGGAUCACCGGGUGAUAGUUCGUCUGGACUCGUGGGACAGCACCUCCCUCUACCCUAACGGACACAGUGUCAGGGUGCUGGGCCGGGCUGGGGAGCUGGAGACUGAGGUCCAAACCAUCCUCAUAGAGAAUUGCAUCCACGUACCUCCUUUCUCUGAGGCGCAGCUCGGUGAGAUGCCAGUGUCCUCCCCUGAGAGCCCCUGGUCAGUAGACCCUGCCGAGGUGAUCACCAGACGGGAUCUGAGACAAACCCACCUGGUGUUCAGCGUCGACCCUCGGGGCUGUGAGGACGUAGACGACACCUUGUCCAUACGCAGCCUCCCCCCCGGCCCGCGGGGUGAGAGAUUAGAGCUGGGUGUUCACAUCGCUGACGUCACACACUUUGUUAAAGAGGGGUCCCUGACAGACCUGGAGGCUCGCGCUAGGGCCACCACGUACUACCUGGCCGACCGCAGGUAUGACAUGCUGCCUGCUGUCCUCAGUGCUGACCUCUGCUCUCUGCUGGGAGGGGUGGACAGGUAUGCCAUGAGCGUCAUGUGGGACCUGGAUGCCCAGACCCUGGCGGUGAACACGGUGUGGUACGGUCGUACACUAAUCCAAUCCUCCUACCAGCUUUACUAUGAGCUGGCCCAGGCUCUGCUCAACGGAGAGGAGGCAGAGGUCCCAGAACUAGCCCAGCUACCACCUGGGGAGAGGGAUGCUAAGCUGGCCCAGCUCACCCAGGCCCUGGAGACCCUCACCCACGUGGCCAGACAGCUGCGUGCCCAGAGGGACAAGGGAGGAGCGUUGGAGCUGGAGGGGGUAGAGGUGAGGGCGCAGCUGGAUGAGGACAGGAACAUCACAGCCCUGGUGCCCAGACAGCCACUGGAGGUCCAUGAGACGGUGGCAGAGUGCAUGAUUUAUGCCAACCACUGGGUGGCCCGUAAGAUCCAGGAGAGUUUCCCCCAGCAGGCCUUGCUGCGCCACCACCCGCCCCCACGCCAGGAGUUCUUCAACCAGCUGCAGGACAGUGCCCGGGCACGCGGCUUCACCAUAGACACCAGGUCAAACAAGGCCCUGGCUGACUCUCUGGACCGGGCCGUGGACCCCCGGGACCCGCUGGUGAACCGGCUGCUGAGGGUGAUGGCUACCAUGGCCAUGUCUAAUGCCCUCUACUUCUCUACCGGAGCCUGCCCUGUCGACCAGUACUAUCACUAUGGUCUGGCUCUGGACCGAUACACCCACUUCACCUCUCCCAUCCGUCGCUAUGCCGACAUGAUCGUCCACCGCCUGCUCACCGCAGCCAUCGCCAUGGAGAAGGGGGCGGGGCCAGCCAAGGCCUUAGCCAGUAACAAAGAGUUGGAGGAGGUGGCUCAGCAAAUCAACAACAAGAACAGGGCAGCACAGCAUGCCCAGAAGGUGUCCACAGAGCUAUUCCAGUGCCUCUACUUCAGAGACAAAGACCCAGAGACAGACGAGCGCUGUGUGGCCGACGCGGUCAUCUACACCAUCAGAGCCAACGGCAUGCUGGUCUUCAUACCACAGUAUGGCCUGAAGGGGGCAGUGUACCUGAAGAACAGAGAGGGCCAGGUGGUGAGUGAGAGACAAGAUGGAGGAUGUGACUGGCAGACUGGUUCUCUACAGAGAUACCUGGACCACAUCACUACCACUACUGCUGUUGGCACCUCAACCUUCAACCUGUUCCAACACAUCACCGUGCGUAUCUCAGUAGAACCAUCACGUUGUCACUCAGACACAAUCCGUCUGGAAGUGGUCAGCAACAGGCCCCACCAGGCCCCCGAGACUCAGGUCCAGACCUCCCAGCCCCAGGGGGCUAGGGGCCGGUCCCAGCUGGUCCAGGAGGUGGUUCGGCAGGCAGAGGAGGCCUCUCAGCAGGCGGAGGAGAAGAGGGGCCGGGCCUCCAAACUGUCCACGGAGGAGAGAGAGUUCAGACAGAGUAAAUGUCCCAACCUCUACUCUCUCCUGGAGGAGGUCAGGGAGCUGGCCUUGCUGGACCUUGCUGCCUGUGGAGCAGGAGGCGGGGGUCUGGGAGCAGCCGCUCAGGCUUGUGCUACAUCAGCAUAGAUGAGGUGGAGAAGUAGGAGGAGGAACAGGUCUGGGAACAGCUGCUCAGUCCUGCGGUACAUCAACAUGGAUGAGGUGGUGGUGGAGGAGCAGGGAGGAACAACAGGUCUGGGAACAGCUGCUCAGCACUGCUGGAACAAGCAGCAGCUCUGGUCUCAACAGGACAGUUACCAUAGAAACAACACCUGGAACAAACAGCAGCUCUGGUCUUAACUCAACAGGACAGUUACCAUGGAAACAACACCUGGAACAAACAGCAGCUCUGGUCUUAACUCAACAGGACAGUUACCAUAGAAACAACACCUGGAACAAACAGCAGCUCUGGUCUUAACUCAACAGGACAGUUACCAUAGAAACAACACCUGGAACAAACAGCAGCUCUGGUCUUAACUCAACAGGACAGUUACCAUGGAAACAACACCUGGAACAAACAGCAGCUCUGGUCUUAACUCAACAGGACAGUUACCAUGGAAACAACACCUGGAACAAACAGCAGCUCUGGUCUUAACUCAACAGGACAGUUACCAUAGAAACAACACCUGGAACAAACAGCAGCUCUGGUCUUAACUCAACAGGACAGUUACCAUGGAAACAACACCUGGAACAAACAGCAGCUCUGGUCUUAACUCAACAGGACAGUUACCAUGGAAACAACACCUGGAACAAACAGCAGCUUCAGUUUUUACAAAACAUUUCUCAUUUUCUGUAUUUGAUUGAACACAUUUGGGGAGAUGUAGAAUCGAUUCUCAGGCCAUCGUUUUUACACUGAACUGUAUAAUGACCUCUGGCACUGAGAACAAUGUCAUUGUACAGCCUGGUAUUGUAUUUUAACCUAAAUAUAUUUUUGUAAUAUUUUUGGGCAGUUGGUAUCUUGUGGAAAAACAAGUAUUGUCAAGUGCUCUAUUCCAUCGUAUGUUUUACAUGAAUUAAAGUGCAUUACCAAACCUGU